UCGGCCGGCGACGGCGAGCCGCGCACGCCGCUGAAGCCUGCCAUGGGCGUGUCCAUGAUCGGGAAGCAGCGGCGCACACCCACCUCAGCGUCGUCGUCGCCGCACUUUGUGUUCCCGCCGGGCCCGCUGUCGCCGCCGGGGCUCAGCAGCGGCUACGGCUCGCUCAGCGCCUCCACACACACGCUGCCCGGCGCCGAGACGACCGGCAUCAGUCGGGGCAUCGCGCACGCGCCGCCGCCGCCGCCGCCGGCCGGCCAGCUGGCGCCGCUGGCCAAGUCGCAGACGAGUCCACAGCUGGGGGCCGGCUGGGCGUUCCGCGUGCUGCCCCGGUACGGCCUGCAGUACCCGCCCGUCUUCACGCCCGACACGUACUCGCUGGCGCAGAUGACGGAGCUGCAGCGGGCCGACUCACCGGCCGCCGGCGAGCGCAGCUUCGCCGACUCGGCCACGCAGACCGAGGCCGGUCGGCCGGCGCCGGCGCUGGCGGCGCCGCCGGCCGACGCAGGGGAAGCAGGCGGAAGUUGACGCCAUCAGCCAGCUACUGCGCACGCCCGUCACGCGCACCCGGCUGCAGCGCUGGCUGGCCCAGAACCAGGACAUCAUGGCACCGGCGGC